AUGGGGAAUCAGGAUGGCAAACUGAAGAGGAGCGCAGGUGAUGUCUCCCAUGAAGGAGGGGGAGGCGGUGGAUGUGGCGGGGAGGAUGCUAUUGGGCCCAGGGAUGCUGAAGGCACCAAGAAGGGUAGCGGAGGAAAGAAGGCGCUGGGCAAACACGGAAAGGGGGGAGGGGGAAGUAGCACUGGAGAGUCUGGCAAGAAGAAGAGCAAGUCGGACUCGAGAGCCUCAGUUUUUUACAACCUGCGGAUCAGGAAGAACCUAUCUAAGGGAAAGGGGGGCGCCGGUUCACGGGAAGAUGUGCUGGACUCCCAGGCCCUACAAACGGGGGAGCUGGACAGCGCUCACUCCUUGGUCACGAAGACCCCUGAUCUUAGCCUGUCUGCUGAUGAAGUGGGCCUGUCAGAUACUGAGGGCACGGACCCCUUCGAAGUCAGCCGUCCAAGUGUGGUAGGGCCUGCAGGGCUCGGGGUUCAGUCCGCCAUAGAAGGGGAUUUGGAAGCAGCCCCUGGGGCGCAAGAUGGACAAAGGACCAGUUCAGGCUCAGAUACAGACAUCUAUAGCUUUCACUCAGCCACGGAGCAGGAGGACUUGCUCUCAGAUAUUCAGCAGGCAAUUCGACUCCAGCAGCAACAGCAGCAGCAACAGCAGCACCAAGGUGGUGCAGUCAGCUCGGGAGACCCUUCCCCAUCCCUGGGCUCUGCUCCUCUCCAACCAGGGGCCUUCCUUGGCCUGGACCACUUUCUGCUGGGGCCUGUCAGUAGAGUUGGGGAAGCCCCAGGGAGUCCAGACACCGAGCAAGCUUUAUCUGCCCUCUCUGACCUCCCGGACAGUUUGCCCCCUGAGCCUACAGCUCAGGAGAAGCCACCGCCCCCUAGUGGCGUGGAUUGGGAGGUCACAGCCCCCGUGGCUACUCUGCCUGCAGCCACAGACUCCCCUUCUUCCACUGCCUUCCCUUUCCCAGAGCCGGGUUUGGGAGAGACUACAACUGUAGCCUCCUCUGUUGGAGGAGCAGGAGACACAGAUGAUGAUGAGGAGGAUGCAUUUGAGGAUGCUCCCCGAGGUUCUCCUGGGGAGGAGUGGGACAAGAACACCCAGGAGACUCCCUCUGAGGUAGAAGAGGAGGGAGACGUGCUGAGGGCAUACCCAACGCCUCCCCAAAUGGACAGCCCUGUCCCGAGUCCUCGUUGCUUUAAGCCCUACCCACUAAUUAACCCUUGUUAUAUCAAGACCACCACUCGACAACUUAGCUCACCCAAUCACUCACCUUCUCAGUCCCCCAGCCAGAGCCCCCGGAUUAAGAGAAGGUUAGAGCCUUCUUUGAGCAGGGGUCAAAGGGCUACCUUGGUCUCUACUGCUGCCCAGGUCAAGAAGCACAAGACAAGUGGCAGCACCUUGGUGGGGGGACUCAGCCGCUCUGCUGACUGGACAGAGGAGGUGGAGCAGAGGGAACCCAGGGUGGGUGGCUCAGCAGACCUGCUUGAAUAUGGGGCAGCCCAAGAAGGAGCUGAUGGAACCCCCCCAACCCUGUCCAGAAAGUCCUCAGGAGUGCAGGCUGCCAAUGAUGUUUUCCAGAAUGUAUUCACAGGGCGCACUCUAUUGGAAAAGCUGUUUAGCCAGCAAGAGAACGCACCACCAGAAGAAGCGGAGAAAUUUUGUUCUCGGAUUAUUGCGAUGGGUCUUCUACUUCCUUUCAGCGACUGCUUCAGGGAGCAGUGUAACCAGAGUGUUCAGCAAAGCUCAGCUCCAUUUGAUCAAGAUCAACUUUACACUUGGGCUGCAGUCAGUCAACCCACACAUUCUCUGGAUUAUACAGAAGAGCAGUUUCCGAGGAGAAUCCCCCCUGCCUGGCCUCCAGCAAAGGCUCCUGCUGAGGAACAUGGACCUAAGGAUGCUGAAACAGAACUUCAAGCUACCAUUUCAGAAACACCGAAACAGUGUAUAGAUGCUGUUCAACAGGAAACUUUUGACAUGAAAUCUGAGGAACACGCAAAUGUAAUUCAGCAGCUGGAACAGACAAUUGAAAAUCUGAGGACCAAAAUAGCUGAAUUAGAGAAGCAAUACCCUACCACAGACAUGGAGGUUGAUAAAGGAAAACAAGUGGCCGAAAGGGGAGUAGCUGAGGGUGUUUGUCAUGAAGAUAUCCACUUAAAUGAAGAAGAGAUAAGGCAUCAAAGGAUGUUGCAUGUGAAAUCAGUACAGACUUCACCAACACAGGAGGGCAGUGCAUCUGUAAUGCCUUUUGCUAACACACUGCCACAGCAUCCUCCAUUUACUCAGGAGGGUAUAAAUGGACAGCCAACUGUGCCAUUGUCCCCUUCUGGACCUCAAACUAAGUUUUGUUCAGAGAUUUCUUUGAUUGUUUCACCAAGGUUAAUAUCUGUGCAACUUGAUGCAAAUCAAUCCAUACAGUGUGUAUCACAGCCUCCACCACCUCCACCCCUCCCAGGUUCUGAUAAUCAAGAAAAUAUUCUAACACAGACUCCCCCAACCCCUUUUAUAACUGAAUGUGUGACCAACCAUGAACAUCUCCUUCCCACAUCUUUUGAAAAUAGUCAUGGCAUCCUACCUUCCCCACAUCUAACCGGUACAGAACUGAAUCCUCCUCUGCCUGGUGCAGGUAUCCCACCACCACCUCCUCUGCCUGGUGCGGGCAUUCCACCACCCCCACCUCUACCUCCUUUUCCUGACACAGCACCUUCUAUCUCCAUGCCUGGAUCAGGCAUAAUGAUUCCUCCCCCACCUCCUCUUCCUGGCAUGACUGUGCUGCCCCCUCCACCACCUCUGCCUGGAGCGGGGAUCCCUCCUCCUCCACCUCUGCCUGGAGCGGGGAUCCCUCCUCCUCCACCUCUUCCUGGAGCAGGGGUGCCCCCUCCUCCUCCACCUCUUCCUGGAGCAGGGGUGCCCCCUCCUCCUCCACCUCUACCUGGAACGGGUGUACCUCCUCCUCCCCCACCUUUGCCAGGAAUGGGAGUCCCCCCUCCUCCCCCACCUUUGCCAGGAAUGGGGGUGCCUCCUCCUCCCCCACCUCUGCCUGGUGUAGGAGUUCCCCCUCCCCCACCUCUGCCUGGUAUGGGAGUCCCUCCACCUCCUCCACCUUUGCCUGGAGUGGGGAUACCACCCAUCUCUGCACCCCCUCUGCCACCUGGAUCAGGUCCUCCACCUCCACCUCAAGCUGGGGGCAGUGCAUUGCCAAACAUGAUGCUUCCACAAGUAUGUGGAUUCCUUCCUCCUCCAUUGCCAGCUGGCUUGUUUGGAAUAGGCUUGCAUCAGGACAAAGUGAGUAGGAAACAAGCAAUAGAGCCUUGUCGACCAAUGAAGCCUCUUUAUUGGACAAGAAUUCAACUACACAAUAAAAGAGAUUCUAGCACUUCUCUCAUUUGGGAAAAAAUCGAAGAGCCAUCCAUAGAUUGUCAUGAGUUUGAAGAAUUAUUUUCUAAAACUGCUGUAAAGGAGAGGAAGAAACCUAUUUCUGACACCAUAACAAAGACCAAGACUAAACAAGUUGUCAAGUUAUUAAGCAACAAAAGAUCACAAGCAGUUGGAAUAUUAAUGUCAAGCCUUCAUUUAGAUAUGAAAGACAUACAGCAUGCUGUUGUGAAUUUGGAUAACUCUGUGGUUGAUCUGGAAACUCUUCAAGCCCUCUAUGAAAAUAGAGCACAGUCAGAUGAAUUGGAAAAAAUUGAAAAGCAUGGCAGAUCAUGCAAAGAAAAAGAAAAUGCCAAGGCUUUGGACAAACCUGAACAGUUCCUUUACGAACUAUCACUAAUACCCAACUUUUCAGAGCGAGUCUUUUGUAUCCUGUUCCAGUCAACAUUUUCCGAAAGCAUUUGCUCAAUUCGUCGCAAACUUGAACUACUACAGAAGUUGUGUGAGACAUUGAAAAAUGGGUCAGGGGUUAUGCAGGUUCUAGGUCUGGUUCUUGCCUUUGGUAAUUACAUGAAUGGUGGGAACAAGACUCGGGGACAGGCAGAUGGUUUUGGAUUAGACAUUCUGCCAAAGCUGAAAGAUGUCAAAAGCAGUGACAAUAGCCGGAGUCUUUUGUCAUAUAUUGUCUCAUAUUAUCUUCGAAAUUUCGAUGAGGACGCUGGAAAAGAACAAUGUGUUUUUCCACUGCCAGAACCCCAGGAUCUAUUUCAAGCCUCCCAGAUGAAGUUUGAAGACUUUCAGAAAGACCUUCGCAAACUGAAGAAAGAUUUGAGAGCCUGUGAAACUGAAGCAGGAAAAGUUUAUCAAAUGUCCCUAGAAGAACAUAUACAACCUUUCAAAGAAAGUAUGGAGCAAUUCAUUUGUCAAGCGAAAAUUGACCAAGAAGCCGAAGAGCAUUCAUUGACAGCAGCUCAUAAAUGUUUUUUGGAAACUACGGCCUAUUUCUUCAUGAAACCAAAAAUGGGAGAGAAGGAAGUGUCCCCACAUGUUUUCUUCAGCCUUUGGCAUGAAUUCAGCUCUGACUUUAAAGAUUUCUGGAAAAAAGAGAACAAACUUAUUCUCCAAGAGAGAGUAAAAGAAGCAGAGGAAGUGUGUCGGCAGAAAAAAGAAAAAUCUCUGUAUAAAAUAAAGCCGAAACAUGAUUCUGGAAUUAAAGCAAAAAUAAGCAUGAAAAUCUGACCACCAGAAGUCAGAGUGGAUAUAGCAUUGCCCCUAAAUCUACAAAGUUCAAUGUAUAAAGCGGGAAAGGAAACUACAUCAUUUGGAUCAUAUUUUCAUCUUGACCUAAGUCUAGUUUCUGUUUUCUUGACUUAUUCACUGAUCAAUUCCUCU